AUGUUAGUGAUUCCAAGUUGCUGUCUGCGUUCCAAGCAUAUCCGAAGCAUUCCUAUCAAUCAAAUUAUCCUUGACCCUGCGAAUAAACACAAGUAUAUUAUCGAAGAGAAACUUUCAACAAAUAACACUCUUUCCAAAGUAGUAGCUCCAUAUUUCGGCGAAGAAGAACCUCUUGCAUUGGAUGUCGAUGACAAACAUCUGAAAAUUGCUAAUCCCAAACGAUACGAACAAAUCAAGUACUACCUUGGAGAUGAAAAAUACUAUUCAGACGACAAGUAUUUAUACACAGCGCGCAAUGGAAUUGUGUAUGCUGCGAAAAUCAAUGGCACAUUAGAACAAACCGAAGACACAUUAGAAGAGUUUAUCAAAUCGAGUUGGAAAAAGCCAGACCUACUGCAUUCCUUGAUGCUUGAACAAAAGCGACUCCAAACAAAAUGGUUGGACGUGUUGACCAAGGAAUCCAUAGAAAAAGAAAUACAUUUUUAA